CAGCUAGGGCAUUUCUUGAGCGUGUCUCCCAACGAUAUCCAUGUGACCCAUCAUUUGGUUUGACGGAGUGGCCGAGCAUGAUUGCAUAGCAAGCAGCACGGGUGUAGCCAGCUAAUCCAUGUCACAGAUGAAGACAGCUACUGGAAAUGAAAAGGUUUACCUAUCAUGGACACAAAUAUGAUGCCGAAGUUCUCCUCGAAAGACGAAGAAAUUGAGUACUGGAAGGCGUUGUCGCUGAAGUACAAAAAUAGCUACCAGGAGGCCCAGGAGGAGCUGUUGGAGUUCCAGGAAGGCAGCAGGGAGCUGGAGGCGGAGCUGGAGACCCAGCUUGGCCAGGCUGAGAAUCGCAUGAGGGACCUGCAGGCCGACAACGAGCGCCUGCACAACGAGGUCGAGUCCCUCAAGGAGAAACUGGAGCAUCACUAUGCUCAGAGCUAUAAGCAGAUCUCCAUGCUGGAGGAUGACCUGGGCCAGACCAGGAGCAUCAAGGAGCAGCUGCACAAAUACGUCAGGGAGCUGGAGCAGGCCAACGAUGACCUGGAGCGGGCCAAGAGGGCUACGAUUGUGUCCCUGGAGGACUUUGAGCAGCGUCUGAACCAGGCCAUUGAGAGGAACGCGUUUCUAGAGAGCGAGCUGGAUGAGAAGGAGUCACUCCUCGUGUCCGUGCAGAGACUGAAGGAUGAAGCCAGAGACCUGAGGCAGGAGUUGGCAGUGAAGGAGCGGCAGACGGACGUCAGCAGGAUGUCAGCGCCCAGCUCGCCCACGCUGGACAACGACAAGAUGGACUCUGCCGUCCAGGCCUCACUCUCCCUUCCUGCCACGCCGCUCGCCAAGAGCUUAGACAACGCCUUCGCCAACCCGAAAGUGUUGUCCAAUGGCUGUAGUAACAGCUCCGCCCUUACACCGUCCGCCAGAAUCACGGCCCUCAACAUCGUGGGUGACCUCCUGCGGAAGGUUGGGGCUCUGGAGUCCAAGCUCGCCGCUUGUCGGAAUUUUGCCAAAGACCAGGCGGCCAGGAAGAACUACACCACCAACAGCAACGGGAACCUGGUCAACGGCGACCUCACAAAGUUCUCGCACGCGCUCCACACGUCGUACUUCGACAAAGCAAGAGAGAGGGUCAUUUUCCCUGCAUUGCUCCGGGCAGGACGGUAAAUGGACUGGAUCCUGGUGCCUUGACUGUUCUCUCCGCCCCAAAUGCUUCAUCGCCGUCUGCCCUAGUACCCCUCAGCGUGUGACACACACACACACACACACACACACACACACUUAUUCACCAAAAGCCCAUGUGUACAGGCAAAUCACAUAUGCUGUAGCUAACAGUGACACACUACACACCCUUCUGCUGGCAAAUGCCGAUCCACACCCACUUAGUAGUACUGUAUCUUCCUCCUCCUUUGGCACACACACACACACACACACACACACACACACAUAUACACACAUAUACACACACACACACACACACACACACACACACACACACACACACACACACACACACACACACACACACACACACACAUAUACACACACAUAUACACACACACACACAUAUAUACCGUCUCUUCCCUGGGUCAAAAAUGGGCUAGCGUGAGCUCAUACACGUGGUCAUCUGUACGUAUGUGUACCUCUGUAUGUAUUGCUCUAGCAGUUUUCUAUGUUAUGUUUCAAAGUAAUCUAAAGAUAUAAAUGUACUCCUAUAAAAAUCUCCACUUCAUAUGGGAGAGGGAGAGGGUGAGGG